CGGAAUCAUGCCGCAAAGCGAUGGGCACAUUAUGGUUUGCACAGUACUUAUGGUUCUUGGUAGACUGUUUGAAAGUUACAUUAUAAUCAUGCUGCUACAGAUUGUGGCUGACAGGAAAGCAUCCGAGUCCAAGUAUGAACAAAUCGUUAAUCAACUCUCAGCUUACGCUAGACAAAAGCAGCUUCCGGCUUUUAUGAAGCGCAGACUCUUGGCAUACUAUCACUACCGAUUCAGAAAUAGUUAUUUUCGAGAAAAGAAAAUUUUUGCAAACUUGUCUGACGUAUUACGCCAAGAAGUUACCUUACACUCUUGCCGAAGACUCGUGGAAAACGUUGAGAUCUUUCAAGAUUUGCCAAAGAACAUUUUAACGUUAAUAGUGACCAAUUUGAAACCAGAACUAUACUUAGCAAAAGACAUGAUUAUCAAGGCUGGUACUCAAGGGGACUGCAUGUUUUUUUUAUCCAGCGGAACCGUUGCCAUACUCACGCCCACUGGAAAAGAAGUCUGCUUCCUGGAGGAUGGUGCACAUUUUGGCGAAGUAGCGCUUUUGGUACAAGAUCAACGACGAGUGGCGAGUGUGGUCGCUGUUGAAGUCUGCGAGGUCUAUCGACUUGAUAGGAAAGAUUUUCGCAAGUGUAUCGCCGUGCACAGUGAUUUGUUUGCGAAGAUAGAGCGAAUCGCCACAGAGAGGAUGCAGCGCACGGUUCUGAUCGAGGAGCAGCAUAAACGUUUCACGCUGCACUCGAGAGCCUCAUCCAGUGCCGCGCAAUUACGGAAAGUCAGACAAUCGCAGGCUUAAAUAUAUUGGAUUAAUACGAGUAACAAUUGUGGAAGAGAGCGGGCUGAGUUAAGUUUAAUUCUGUAUUUAGGGACCUUAAAUAAUAUUAUUGUCCAUACAAUAUAUAUAUAUAUUCUUACAAUGCAGGCAUUCAUUCAUGUCAUGCCUAUAUAUAUAUCUCAUCAUAGAAUCAUAUAUUAAUCCUUAUUCUAAAACACUAACAAUUACAAUAAAGAUUUGUUGCUAAAAGAUUUACGAUAGCACUGAAGUGACAAUCCAUACAACUAACGAUAAUAUUUUUGAGAUAUGAUUCUUAUAUUUUCCUUUGUCAUUUGCAGCAUCUCCAAUCUUCUCUCAAUUUUUUGUCUUCGCUGUUUUUGGAAAAUGCAACGUGUGUGUAUAUCGCUAUUUAUCGUCUUUAAAAAUCCGCAUUAUCGUUGUUUUAAAAUUCUUAAAUUAUAUUUAUAUCGCAUAGAUAUGAUUAUUUAUUGAGCAAAGCAAUUCAAUUGAUUGUUACACUCUGCGUGUCGUAGUGAAAGCAGAAAACUGCAGGUAGAUACAGAUUUCUCUCAUUAAGAUACGAAUAUCGAUACGCGAGGUAAGUUCCCGGUGUGCGAGAGACAAACUGAUCCUUCUUUUGUCAAAUGUUUCGCUGCGUGUGUGCGGUCUGUUCGAUAUUACGGAUUUAUAAAAACUAAUAUCGUUUAAUAUACAUUAUUAUCAUAUAUUAUUACGACAUAACAUUUAAUUGAUUUCCAUUGAUAUUUUGCUGUUUCGCGCAGCACUAUCGAUAUGUUAAUGUCUUUUAAACUCGGGAAUGAUUCAAACGUAAUUUUUGGAUUUAAAGUUCGAUGUAUAAAUGACUAUUUUCUACACCAGUCGCGGAUUCGUACAAAA